AUGGCUCCUCAACACCGUCAAGUCGCUGUCAUUGGUUCUGGUCCUGCUGGCCACACCGCUGCUAUUUAUCUUGCUCGUGCCAACUUGAACCCUAUCAUGUUUGAGGGUAUGAUGGCCAAUGGUUUCGCCCCUGGAGGUCAAUUAACCACCACCACUGAUGUCGAGAAUUUCCCCGGUUUCCCCAAGGGUGUUCUGGGUGGUGAGUUGAUGGAUUUGAUGAGAGCACAAUCUGAAAACUGUGGUACCGUCAUUGAGACCGAGACCAUCACCAAGUUGGAUUGUUCUUCUCGUCCCUUCAAGAUUUGGCGUGAAGGUUCUGAGGAUCAAGAAGAGCCCACUGACACUGCUGAUGCCGUUGUCAUUGCCACUGGUGCCUCUGCUAGACGUAUGAACUUGCCCGGCGAAGAAAAGUACUGGCAAAAUGGUAUCUCUGCCUGUGCUGUCUGUGAUGGUGCUGUUCCUAUUUUCAGAAACAAGCCUUUGGUUGUUAUCGGUGGUGGUGAUUCUGCUGCUGAGGAAGCCAUCUAUCUCACUAAAUAUGGUUCCAAGGUCCACGUCCUCGUUCGUCGUGAUGAGCUCCGUGCUUCUAAGGUGAUGGGUGACAGAUUAAAGGCUCACGAGAAGGUUGAAAUUCACUUCAACACCUCUCCUGUCGAAUGUUUGGGUGAUGGUAACCUUUUGACCGCUGUUACUACCAAGAACAACAAGACUGGUGAAACUGGCCAAAUUGAAGCUUCUGGUUUGUUCUACGCUAUUGGUCAUGAUCCCGCAAACUCUCUUGUCAAGGGACAAGUUGAACUUGAUUCUGAGGGUUAUAUCAAGACCAUUCCUGGUUCUGCCGAGACCAACGUUCCUGGUCUCUUUGCUGCUGGUGAUGUCCAAGACAAGCGUUACCGUCAAGCCAUCACCUCUGCUGGUUCUGGCUGUAUGGCUGCCCUCGAUGCUGAACGUUACUUGAGUGAACGUGAAGCCGAGCUCGCACAAAAGUUAUGA